UCCGCCCGCCAUGUUGCGGCGGCGGCGGCGGGAACGGCGGGAUCGCGGGUGCCGGGAGCAUGCGGGGCGCACGGAGCGCGCCGGGCGCGGAGCGGGGUCCCGCGGGCGCGCCCCCCGCCCAGUGGGUGCUCAUUGCCCCAGAGGCUGCUGUUGACCCCCCUAAGACACCUGACAGCGAACCCUUGUUUACAAAACUGCGCAAUCCGAGCACAGGAGAAGCAACCCUUUACUUAUUCAAUAGUGGUGCACAGCAGCUGUUUGAAGUAAAAGCUUUUCACGAGGAGCAUCGUUCCUGGUUUAUAGGUCAGACUGUUCAACAAGAUGGGCGCCUACUGUUCAUUACACCAGUGGACCCCUUAUUUCUGAUACUUUACUACCUCAUAAAGGCAGACAAGGAGCUGCAAGGAAAGUUCCAGCCACUUGAUCAAGUUGUGCUAGACUCAGAAUACCCUAGCUGCCCAUUGCUGCUGAAGUGUGCAGAUGUUAAACAGUACAUACAGCAUGUGACAGAAGAAAAAGAGAUUGGCAGUCAGAAAUUCCACAAAUACAGCCAAGAGAAGACACUGAAGUGGUUAAAGAAAAAGGUUAAUCAAACAGUGAAAGCACUUAAAAGCAACAAUGUAUCUGUAGGUGCAAGUACAUUUGUCAACAGUAAACAGAUCACAGACACUCAGGAAGACUAUGUACGGUAUGCCCAUGGGUUAAUAUCAGAAUAUAUUCCUGAAGAUCUGAGUAAGGAGUUUUUAAAAUACUUAGGGCUCCCAGAACUCAGAAGCUCAGCACCAGAGCCACCACUGAAGAAAAGGAAAUUGUCAGAUGUCCCUGUGGAGCCAGAAGAAGACUAUACUAAAUUUAACAGUGACAAUCUGAAAACCAAAAAGGCAAACACCAAGAUGUCUGCAGCACAGAAGGCUCUGGCCAAAGUUGAUAAGAGUGGAAUGAAGUCCAUUUCUGCUUUCUUCAGCUCCAAACCUAAAGCAUCAAAAUAAAGACUUGUUCUUGAAAAAAAUUUAUUCAUUGUUUAUUUUUAUGUUAAGCUAAACAUGUCUCCUGGAGUUUUUUUUUGUUAGUUUAGUCUAUGCAGGGCUGGGUACAUAUCUGGGUACGUGGUGGAGUGUGAUGGAGAAGUCUGUGAGCUGGCAGGACACAGAGCUGUUGGCCUCAGUGGGACAAGGGAUUACCAUAAUAUCAGAUAUUCCAGCCUGGAUUGGGAAGAUUGCCCAGCUGUAUUAA